UCUGGUGGCAGUAUACAUCGAUAGCUGCAUUGCAUUGUAGUGGGAAUUUAGUUUUGGCUGUGUUUCUCGUUCUGUGUAAUUAAAUACCAGCUUCACUUUUUAAUUCCCAUUUUUAAGUCAAUCACAAUGUCUUGCUCAAUUAAAUUUAUACACAAUUGCAGUUUUAGUAUUUUGAAAUUUUUUCUCAUAAUAUUCUUAGCUGCUAGUGUGUGGUCGCAAGAAUUUGGACAACAUGUUGCUGGUGCAGACAACACUUUUUCCUUUGAAUGUAUACGGAUUGGUCUCGUCUAUCAAAAGGACGAAACAACAUCAUGCGUCUGUACCUCAGUGCUGUCUGCAAAAUGCAGCAAUCGUGUUAGCGUUCCUAGUCCAAGAAGUUUAAUUGUCCAACCAAAUCCACCAGCCAGCCAGGCUUAUCAGCCAACGAAACAUGGAUAUCCACACCCCUUGGAUCCACUUAGUCCCGAUGAAAUUACUAAAACACGGGACAUACUUGCACAAUCAAUAAGUCCAGAGCGUUUCUCGAAAUUAAAAUUUAAUAUAAUAAACUUGAAUGAGCCCUUGAAAUCUGAUUUGCUCCCAUACUUUCUCGCCAAUUCUGACCCUCCAAGAAAUGCUGUGGCCAGAAAAGCUUUCGCCAUUCUUGUCGAAGAAGGGACUGGAGUCCUAUACGAAGCCGUCGUUCACCUCGAUUUGGGGGUCGUGGAAAGCAUUGUAAGAGCCCCAACAGGCUCAAAACCUCUUGCCACAGUAGAUGCAGCUCAAGUAAUUAACGACGUCGUCAAGGCAGAUCUUCGUGUUCAAGAGAGAUGUCGUAUGUUAGGGUAUCCCGACAUGAAUCUUGUCGUCGCCGAGGGAAUGGUUUUGCAUAAUUUAGGUGUGGGAGAUAGUUACGGAAACCUGACGCGACCUUAUCAAGUAUUUAUGUAUGGGCGUAAGUUUCCAACGGAUAAUUAUUAUGCGCAUCCCUUUGAUUUUUUGGUAAUUAUGGAUGAAGCCCACCAUCAAGUCAUUGAUAUUAAGGAUCUUCCAACACAUGAUCAUCAUGAUUUUGGGUCGAAUAAAGAUGGGAAUUUUGUCCCUGAGACAAGUUCAAAUUAUGACUCCAACACGAGAAUAAAAGGAGACAAGCCUGUUGAUAUCGUAAUGCCAGAAGGGGCAAGCUAUGUCGUGAAAGGGAAUCAAAUUUCUUGGCAGAAGUUCAACCUAAGAAUUGGGUUCAAUCCUCGAGAAGGCCUCGUCUUGCACAACGUCGGGUAUAACGACAAGGGUCAAUAUCGUCCGAUUAUGUACCGCGCUUCCUUGUCUGAAGUUGCAACUUAUUACGCUGAUCCUAGGCCAUCUUUCCACAGGAAAUAUGCAUACGAUGAGGGGAACAUAGGCUUCGGGUUUGCCACCACUCCCCUCAUAGACCAACAGGAUUGCUUGGGUUCCACCCACUUUAUCGACGUGACAACGAACAAUUCCACUGGUCACCCGAUCACGGUCCCUCGGGGGAUUUGCAUUUUCGAAGAUGAUGCCGGAAUUUUGUGGAAGCAUGCCCCCAAUCGAUACACCACUGAGGGCAACAUUGUUGUCCGGUCACAUCGACUAAACAUUAUGACUUCUGCAAAUUUUGGCAACUAUGACUACAUAAUCACUUGGAGCUUCCAUCAAGACGCCAGCAUCAGUUUGAAAACGCAACUGACUGGAAUUGUUAGUACCAACAUGCUAUCCGUUAAUGCGACGCCUGGUGGAUUUGGCACCGUCGUCGCUCCUCAGGUUGAUGCUCAAUUCCACCAACACAUAUUUGCCGUCCGCCUCGAUGUGGAGGUGGAUGGUACGAGUAAUUCUGUCCACAGCAUGGAAGCGGCCCCUCUGAAGGCGCCCUCGGGGUCACCAUCGCAUCCCCUCGGCAACGGGUUUACCACAAUUCGUCACGACUAUAAAACCCAGUCGGAAGGGUGUUCGAGAAUAAACCCCUUCACGGGUAGAAGUUGGGUGGUCACGAAUCACGGGAAGAUCCACCCCUACACAAAAUCGCCUGUGGGGUGGAAAGUGAUGCCCGUCGUUGAUCCCGUUAUCAUGAUGAAAAAAGAGAGUCCAAUUUAUGCCCAAAUGGGUUUCUUGGAUUGUGACAUGUGGAUAACCAAAUAUGAAGAAGGCCAACUCCACGCAGGGGGUUUUUAUCUCAAUAACUCUGGACUUCCAGAGUGGGGAAUAAACAAUGAGGUCUCAAUACAAAAUACAGACGUCGUUCUUUGGCACAUGUUUUCACCUGUGCACAUCCCGAGAGUCGAAGAUUAUCCAGUCAUGCCCGUCGAGGGUCGAGAGCUGUGGAUUAAACCGUACAACUUUUUCACGCAAAAUCCUGCACUUGAUUGAUGACAAAUGCUACAAUUAAUUUGUCAUUGAGGAGUCAAAGGCAGAUAUAUAGUACACAUCACUUGGUAUUCUAAAUGGUUCCUAUUUUAUGUGUUAUUGCAUUAUUUUAUUUUUUUAAUUUAGAAACGAUUAAAAAUUAUGUCAAUGCUUCGAAUAA